AUGGCUACUGCGGCAGCAUCAGGACAAAUGCCGGCUCUCCCUUCCACUGUGAGCAUGCCCCAGGGAGGACAGAUGACCCAACAGAGACGCAUGAGCCAACAUAUCACGAGUCCUCAUGGCCAAGUCUCCCAGCCGGUCCUGAACCAUAACAUGCCUCGACAGCCUGUCCCUCCCACAAUGCCUCCACCCCAGCAACCUGUACAGCCGCCACAGGAAGAAAUUGUAGCGGGAAGUGCCGAGGAAUCUCCAUUGUAUGUCAAUGCGAAGCAAUUUCAUCGCAUUCUGAAGCGCCGCGUCGCUCGACAGAAGCUCGAAGAGCAGCUGAGGCUCACCUCCAAAGGGCGAAAGCCGUACCUGCAUGAGUCGAGACACAACCACGCUAUGCGACGACCUCGUGGUCCUGGAGGUCGGUUCUUGACUGCCGAUGAGGUUGCAGCAUUGGAGAAAAAUCAAGGUGAGGGCACCGAGAACGGUACGCCCGCGACCAAGAAAGCCGACAACGUGUCCUCAGGCACGAAGAGAAAGGCCGGCCCUGCUGACAAUGAAACUCCCGUCAAGAGAUCCAAGCUGGCGAGUGAAAGUGCAGAGGAAGAAGAUGACGAUGAUGGUGAGGAAGAUACGGGCUGA